AUGGCUCCGAGCGCGCCAACGCCCGGAAAAUCAGUAGCAUCGCGUCGUACAAGCCAUUUGACGCGUCACAAGACACCCAUACGCCGCGAGGACACCGCCGAGACGUCGUUUGCCGCCUGGUGGAACGUCGACGCGCUCGUCGAGGCCAAUAACAACCUCACACCAUUCAGAAAGCAAAAAUACGAUGCUUUGAAAUGGGUGAAUGCAGACCUAUUGCUCGAAGAGGACGGCGCAGAGUUUAUGGCUGAUGAUCCAUUCGCGACGCCCGCACCACGACCCCCUAGUGCCCGUAAACAAUCGAGUGUCAAACGGAGACGGAGUAGUACAGUACAUGGCGCUUUGAAAAUGUCUGCCAGACGCGCUUCCAUCGUCAAGCAGCGUGACCUCACACUAGCGGACCUCACCCCCCGCUCGAGACGCAUAUCAGCUGCACAUACCAACCGACCUUAUCUUCGAGAGGCCAGUUUCUCUCGCUCAAAGACACUCGUGUCCUCUCCAAAUACGCCGCCGUUUGCCGGGCCCUUCGAGCAGUUGACCCCAAUCGUCGAAGGCCCCUCACGACAGGCCGCAGAGUCACCUCGGAUUCGUAAACCAAGACCUUCUUCUAUCAAGGUCGUCGCAUCACCUGCACGCCCGCGACCAAGUACGACGACGACCCCAGCCCCUGCAACCCCGUCAAAGACUUUGCAACGCGAAAACGGCACCCCAUCCGCCACGCCUCGCUCGCGACCACGGCAGUAUCGUGUUCUUCCGCAAGACGAGGAGCCGAAAACACGACAAGAGUCGAGAAGGAAUUCGGCUGUUCCUCCACAAGCUGCUCCAGAAGAGAGUGAGGAUGAGGAGCUUCACCGGAGCAUUCCAGGAGCAUUCGAUUAUAAGCCAGCUCAUGCUUCCUUUACUGAGAUGCUGCCCAACCGAGUUCUUGAUGGGUUGAACAACGCUUUGGACGUGAAGGUAGUGAAGCCUCAAGCCACUCAGAGAUCAAAGAAAGAAAAGAUGGCUGCAUUAUCUACCAUGAUCCCGAGGAGAGGUGAAAGUUCCAAAACGAGGCCCGACGCAGUGAAAUAUUCCCGUAAAGCUCAUCCCAGCGAUCAAGCCUCCGAGGCUUUGCCCCAGCCCUCACGCCAACCUGAGCAGCGUCAAGCUCCUACCGUGCCAAGGAUCCCCAUUUUCUCGCGAAAGCCUGUUUCAAAGCCAAAGACGAAGACCACUUAUGAAGUCGAAGUGGAAUCUCUGUCUUUGCCUCACGAGGAGCCACCCAUUUUCGAAUCCGUCCCGAAACAACGGUCGUCAGCUAUUUUGGCGCCUCAGGGUGAUGAACCUAAAGUCGAUCCGGCACCUCUGGAGCCGCAAAUCCUCAAGCCGUCACCUAUCAUCUUCGAAGCAGCCGCGCGCUCACAACUCCUAGAGUAUGCCAAUGCAGGACCAGUGGUAUCCAUUCAUCGGAUGCCGGAACCUCUCGAGGACAUAUUCUCAAGACCCAAGCGACUUGGAGAUGGCGGAGGAAAGGACACAGACCCUCAAUCCCCAGAACUUGGUGAAGAGGCUGCACCCACUACAGGUAUCUUUACCAAGAGUGUAUCGCGGAAUGAUGCAUUGCUCCUUGAUAAUGAUCCUGCACCACAAGUCUUUCGACCUCUGCGGGCAGCCGUCCAACCCAAACCUACCAAGACCAUGCAUGUCAAGGCGUCGCCCAAGGUGGUCUCCAAGAAGCGGGCUCUCGACAACUCGCCGUCUAAACGAGAAGCGGAUACGCGCUCGCUCAAGAGGAAGCGGCUCGCAGUCGGCAUGGAGGCGAGCAAGAUUGCUGCUGACCGAUCUAAAGCACCCGAGCCCAUGAAGAUGCGCCAAAUUAAUGUCAUCCAAGCACCGCAAGAUGUAAAGAUCAAGCCCAGACGUCACGAACAGGAAGUUCCCGUGGAACAGCCACCCAGUCGCCCAAAGAUUUUCAAAGUCGAAGCGACUCAGCGACAGCCUGUUGUCGAGCGAAAGGCCCCUGCACCACUGCUUGCGCAACCGAUUGAGGGUCAGGACGUUUUCGGCUCAGUGCUCGAGAACUCUGUAGAAAUCGGAUCUAUUAGUCGUCUCAGGCGCGAGCCAGUAGAGAUUUUUGAGAGUGCGGAACCCCGUCGUCCCAAGGAAGAGGUAGUUGUCGAGCAGUUACCACGACAAAGAAGCCCAUCGCCCCUACGACCGGUACCAUCCCCUGAACCCCCUUCGAUGCACCAUGUUAUACCCUCCCAUGAGGCACCCAAGCCCACUGAGGUUAAGCAAGAGGUUCCUGAUGCUGGAAGACUCAGACAUCGGAGGGAUUACUUCCAAGAGGACGACUUUUGCACGCUGACCGUACCUCGUUCUCCCAAGUUCAUCCUCGGACGACAAAGACAUGAAGAGGAAAAAGCGGAGAAGGAGCGAGAGCGAUGGAGUAAUCUCGCUCGACGACAAAAGGAGCGAAAUAAACGAGAGAAUACGCGGGCGAUGCCACCAGUUGCCGCCAGACUUUUGGCCACGUUGGCUGGACUGCAAACGGGUUUGGAGCAGCGAUCUCAGUCGAAGCCUCUACCUUCGAAAGAGUUCACCUUUGUGAGCGACCUACGCCUUUCGUUGGAGACAGAGCAAGAACAUAAGCAACGGUUCGAGGCAAAGCGGAGCCUGUGGGAGCAACGCGUGUUGGAAGCAUCUAAUUCUUCCGUCGAGUCUACACAGCACCGCGCAAUUAUCAAAUCUGCACCAAGCGAACGUAAUCAGCAGCCAGUUCAGCGUGCACCGGGGCGUUCUACCGAUGACUACAGCAGAGUUCCGAAUGAAGCAAAGCGAACUGGAUCACGAGCACAUUCUGAGCGGGGCAGAGCGAUUGAUUUGCUCGUUCCAAAGCAAACACGGCCAAUUGCGACACGUCACGACAGGCUGGCGUUCUAA